AUGCUCACCCGACAUUUCCGGACGAUUCUGACGUCACCGGCGUCGCGCUGCUUGGCGACAUCAACGUCGCCAGAAACGUCGCGAAGCUUUGAAAAUGACGUCACAGCGACGCGGAUCGUCGAUAUGAAGCGAGAGCUCUGGCGGAAGCCCAACAGUCCGUUCAUCAAAACGCCGCAGGUUUGAGGAAGUGGUCACUUUAGGGGUAAUUUUGUCACUGUCGUGCCGAAUGGGGAGUUGAAGUGGUCCCUUAAAGGAACAUCUGGCUUCAAGCUUCGUUUCUAGAGUUAUGACAUGAGGGUUGAUUGAAAGUCCCUCUUGUUCUCAUUCUUUCCGGGAAGAAUAUUAGGAUCUUGGGGUGGAUCCAACCUCGAAGUGCACGAAUUGCGGCCUACCCUUCAAAAAUGCGGUUUUUAGUAAAUUUUCGAAUUUUUUUUCGCGCUUGUCGUUGGAUCAAGUCCACGUAUGGGAUCAUUGCGUAAAUCCAUUAAAAUGGGAAAACAAAAACAACGCAAUUUCCUCUUCUAGGCUUGGGUAUCCUCCUUGGAAAACGUGGAAGAUGAACGCCUGGGAAUCGUCGAUUUGCAUCCCGACGUUUUCAGGGUCACGCCUCGAUUGGAUAUUUUGCAUAGGUUUGUUUGAAAUCUGACUCUUGAGGUUAUCUUAUUCGAAAAAUAAUGGAAAUUGAAAUUUGAAAGAGACCCAUCAUUAAAAUUCGUAAAAUCCUAUAUUCCCUCAAUUUUUAAUGAAUUUUACCUUUUACAGUAUAGUCUGUUCAGAUUUCAAAUGUCAAGUCCUCGCUUAAGCUCCGCCCCCUAAUGGCGCGAUAAACCAAUCAGAGAGCGAGCCAUCCACAGAGUGUUUUUGAAUGACGUCAUUGCACUUGCCAGUAAAAAUCUGAACGGACUAUAUCGUCAGAAAAAAUAAAAAAUAUUUUCUGUCUACAAUUUUCUCGCAUGAAUCUUUGAAAAAAGGGCACUUUUUCCUCUGCAAACUGAAACGGCACCAGGUUCUUACAAACAGUAGUCACUACAACUCCAGAAUCUUUCAGGAAUAUUGAACUGGAUACAAUAAACUUGUGACCGAAAAAGUUUCGUUUUUUGAAUUUUGACGGAAAUUUAUCUCUAAGCUUGAAAUUUUCGAAAUAAAGUUGAUAUGAAAAGCUUUAAAAAUCAAUUAACUCUCUACGAAUAAUUUUCGUUCUAGAAAUCCAGACCUUUUAAUGAAAAGAAGAAUAUUAUUUCAUAUUUUCAAGCUUAAAACUUGAACAGCUAUUUUUUUUUGUACUUUCCUUGGAGGGUAGAACUUUUACACUUUUUCUGAGAAAAUUCUCCGCUGAAUCAUGGAAUAAUUGAAGUCGGUUCUUGAAACUGUCGUUGAUCAUGAACGAGGCGUAGAUCAUCACGCCCUUCUUAGGAUAGUGUAAAAAAACGAUUUUUGAUAGUUCCAACGAUCAGCUGCUUCUCCAUAGUCCCCUGCUUCUGGUAGCUCGCGAAACUGUCGUUGAUCAUGAACGAGGCGUAGAUCAUCACGUUUUUUUCUGAUAGUAGCAGACGUUUUUGAGCGUUCUGACGAUCAGCUUCUUUUCAAAUUGACAUGAAAAAGCCAUAAUUCCAGAAACAUCACCUGGCAAAUGGUCUAUCGAAACGUGCAAAUGACGAAAAUGCUGACAAAGGCCGAAAUGCCGGGCGGCGGGAAGAAGCCGUGGCCUCAGAAGAAGACUGGAAGAGCCCACGUCGGAUCGAUCCGCUCGCCGCAGUUCAUCCGCGGUGGUUUCGCCCAUGGCGCCCGUGGGCCCAGAACUUGGUUCUACAUGCUGCCAGACUCGAUCCGGCUUCAGGGUCAGUGGGAAGAAAAAAGGACUGUGGAACGAAUUUUUAUCUCGAAAAUUGACGCUCGGGAAGAAACUAGUCUUGAUUCAUUGGUCAAAAGAAUGAAAAAAUAAAUUGCAAACUUUUUAUCUUCAUGAUCGCCUGAAAGAUCUUUUUUUCAACAUUGUUUAACGCGAAUGAAGCUUUCACCCUCCGACUCCCCCUUUACUGGGCAGAAGAAGACAGGGGGGACUUCACCUGAAUGAAUAUUUUGUAGUACAGCGGAUGCCCAAAGCACUUGAAAAAAAAGAAGGAUCUAAUCAUUGAAAUCAUCUAUAAAAAGUCAAAAAAUUGGUUUUUUAAAUGUUCGGAGACCUGUGACGUUUUUGGGAAGUCCUGCACUAUGACGUCACUAUUAAAAAGUGACCUGGUCUACGUAGGCCAGCGGGUCAUAGCUGCACCAUGAGGCUGAGACAGUUCUUGUCAGCGUACCAAGUUUCAAAAAAUCCCGAACUUUUGAAUCCCCUUCCUUGUGAGAAGUUGAAGACUGUUCAAAAGCUUCUGAAGCUGUUUUUAAGAAUUUCGCCGAUUUUUUUUCCCAUAGAGCCUUUCAAGAUUGAGGAAAGUUGCGUAUCUGGAACCAACGAAAUGCGAUUUCAUAAUUUCAACCGGAAAAUAUCGAUUUUCAGGCCUUUGUGUCGCAUUGA